CCCGCUGCCCGCUGCCCGCAACGCGGGACUCCGGCGUCCGGCUCCCUGGGGCAGGACCCCACGGCGCGCACCUGCGAUGGCCAAGCGCAGCUCGCUGUCCAUUCGCAUCGUGGAGGGGAAGAACCUGCCUGCCAAGGACAUCACCGGCAGCAGUGACCCCUACUGCAUCGUGAAGGUGGACAAUGAGCCCAUCAUCAGGACAGCCACUGUGUGGAAAACGCUGUGUCCCUUCUGGGGCGAGGAGUAUCAGGUGUACCUGUCGCCCAGCUUCCACGCCGUGGCCUUCUACGUCAUGGAUGAAGAUGCCCUCAGCCGGGAUGACGUUAUCGGGAAGGUCUGCCUUACCAGGGACGCCCUGGCUGCUCACCCGAAGGGUUUCAGCGGGUGGGCCCACCUGGUGGAGGUCGACCCCGACGAGGAGGUGCAGGGCGAGAUCCACCUGCGGCUGGAGGUGGUGAGGGGGACCCAGGCCUGCCUGCUGCGCUGCUCUGUGCUGGAGGCCAGGGACCUAGCGCCCAAGGACCGGAAUGGUGCCUCUGACCCCUUCGUCCGAGUGCGCUACAACGGCCGGACACAGGAGACCUCGGUCGUGAAGAAGUCAUGCUACCCACGCUGGAACGAGACGUUCGAGUUUGAGCUCAAGGAGGGGGCUGCAGAGGCACUGUGCGUGGAGGCCUGGGACUGGGACCUCGUCAGCCGCAACGACUUCCUGGGCAAAGUGGUGGUCAAUGUCCAGAGACUGUGGGCGGCCCAGCAGGAGGAGGGCUGGUUCCGGCUGCAGCCUGACCAGUCCAAGAGUCGGCGGGAAGAGGGCAACCUGGGCUCCUUGCAGCUGGAGGUGCGGCUGCGGGACGAGACGGUGCUGCCCUCUAGCUGCUACCAGCCCCUGGUGCAGCUGCUGUGCCGGGAGGUGAAGCUGGGCGUCCAGGGCCCAGGGCAGCUGAUCCCACUCAUUGAGGAGAUGACGAGCACCGAGUGCCGCCAGGACGUGGCCACCAACUUGCUCAAGCUCUUCCUGGGGCAGGGGCUGGCCAAAGACUUUCUGGACCUGCUCUUCCAGCUGGAGCUGGGUCGCACCAGUGAGGCCAACACCCUGUUCCGGAGCAACUCUCUGGCCUCCAAGUCCAUGGAGUCUUUUCUGAAGGUGGCUGGGAUGCGGUAUUUGCACGGUGUCCUGGGCCCCAUCAUCAAUAAAGUGUUUGAGGAGAAGAAGUACGUGGAGCUGGACCCCAGCAAAGUGGAGGUCAAGGAUGUAGGGUGCUCGGGGCUGCACCGCCCGCAGACCGAGGCCGAGGUGCUGGAGCAGAGUGCGCAGACGCUGCGCGCCCACCUGGGGGCGCUGCUGAGCGCACUCAGCCGCUCGGUUCGCGCCUGCCCCGCAGUGGUCCGCGCCACCUUCCGCCAGCUCUUCCGGCGCGUGCGCGAGCGCUUCCCCGGCGCCCAGCACGAGAACCUGCCGUUCAUCGCCGUCACCAGCUUCCUGUGCCUGCGCUUCUUCUCGCCCGCCAUCAUGGCGCCCAAGCUGUUCCACCUGCGGGAGCGGCACGCUGAUGCCCGCACCAGCCGCACCCUGCUCCUGCUGGCCAAGGCGGUCCAGAACGUGGGCAACAUGGACAUGCAGACUUCCAGGGCCAAGGAGGCGUGGAUGGAGCCGCUGCAGCCCACCGUGCGCCAGGGCGUGGCCCAGCUUAAGGACUUCAUCACCAAGCUGGUGGACAUCGAGGAGAAGGAGGAGCUCGACCUGCAGAGGGCGCUGAGCUUGCAGGCACCGCCAGUGAAGGAGGGACCACUCUUCAUCCACAGGACCAAGGGCAAGGGCCCCCUCAUGUCCUCCUCCUUCAAGAAGCUCCACUUCUCCCUCACCACCGAGGCCCUCAGCUUCGCCAAGACUCCCAGCUCCAAGAAAAGCACCCUCAUCAAGCUUGCCAGCAUCCGGGCAGCAGAAAAAGUGGAGGAGAAGAGCUUCAGCAGCUCACAUGUCAUGCAGGUUAUCUACACAGACGACACUGGCCAGCUGCAGACAGCCUACCUGCAGUGCAAGAGUGUGAACGAGCUGAACCAGUGGCUGUCUGCGCUGCGGAAGGUGAGCAUCAACAACUCGGGACUGCUGGGCUCCUACCACCCUGGCAUCUUCCGCGGGGACAAGUGGAGCUGCUGUCACCAGAAGGACAAGACAGAUCUGGGCUGUGAUAAGACCCGGUCACGGGUGACCCUGCAGGAGUGGAAUGACCCCCUCGACCAUGACCUGGAGGCCCAGCUCCUCUACCAGCACCUGCUGGGCCUGGAGGCCGCACUGCGGGAGAAGCACCAGGAGCUGAGUGCAGGUGCAGGGGCAGGCUCUGUGCCCACCGGCCCUGGCGAAGCCCCUGAGGACCCCCUGGCUCAGCUGCUCCAGGUGCUGCACGACCUCCGGGAGGCCCAUGCAUCCAGCCCAGCUGGCUCCCCGCCCGCAGAACCCACCUGCCUCCUGCCGCUGCAGACGUGAGGCCUGCCGCACACUCCCUUGCUGAGCCCGGCCAGGUGCUUGGAGAGCCCCGCCACCGGGGUGCAGGGCCUCGGUCCCUCCUGGUCUGGCUGAGUCGGGGGAGCCAGGGCCCAGGGGCUCCACAAGUGCAGAACUGACACCUCGCCCACCUCAAGUCUCCAGGGGACUUCCGAGCUCCUGCUCCUCUGUGAGGCCUGGCUGCUCCCUGCAGCCCCUGCAGCCAUUGCCACCACUAUCACAGACUCCCCAGGGACCCUCCUCUCCUGCCCACGGCAGACCUAGCCAGGAACCACCCCGAGCAUGGUGGGCUGACGCUCCUUGGACCCAGAGAAGCGGGAGGGAGCAUGGGGCCCAGGAGGCCACGAGGACUUGACCUCAGCACCCUCUCUGCUCACUGCCACCACCCACCUGCUCCCCUCAUGGCCACUGGCUGCACCCCCUGGGAGAGCAUCGCGGUGCUCUAUUGCCAACAAUAAAC